CGCUUGUUUUCCGGAACCUUUGUCUCGGUGUUCCACCGAAAGUACGGUUUUUGUUCGGUGGGACACCAGGGAGAAAACACUAACACAACAGAAAGAAAGAAAGAAAGAAGGAACGAUUGAAAACUGACUCUGAUAAAGAACUCUGAGCUCCAGGUAGUGGUCUGAAUUUGAAGUUAGGUUUGCUGAAGAUUUUUAUGGCCGUUCAAAGGGGAGAGGUUGAUUUGAGAUAUCGAGGAGAAUAGCCUAGGAGAUUAAGAAGAGUCCCGAGUGUAAGAGGCACAGUGGGCCGGGGGACCCGUGCACCGCGACUGCACUGCUGGAAAGGAUAGUCUAACUGGGUGUGAAGCCCCUUUUCAGAGGCGGCCAAGAGAUGAACUCUGCAUUUCAGAUGCAUGCAAGUCAGAUGCAGCAAAAGUAACAGUAAACAUUACAGUACAGAAGAACAAAAAAUAGCAGUUGCAUCAAGUGGAGGCGAUGAGUAGGUAAUGCACAGUGACCAUUGCUGGGGAUCAUGUCAGACCAUUCGAUCUCAGGGAGUGAUCCGGAUGUUGAUCCGGACUUGGUGCCAGAGGAUUUGGAAGAGGAAGAAGAGGAGGAGGAGGAGGAGGAGGAGGAAGACUUGGAUGAUGACAAUGAUGGAGAUGAUGAAGAUGAUAUUGGCGAAGGAGAUGACCAACCAAAUUCACAUCCAAACAGUGAUGAUCCAGAUGAAGACGAGGAGGACUGGAACUGCUCUGCUUCAACUACCUCAUCUCAGGGUGAUCGGAAACCAACUCGCUUGAAGAAUCGAAGCAAGAACCCUUCCUCUGAGAACUCAAAAGUGAAACGGAUGCAGAAGCCUUUACAUAUGCGAAGGAAUAUUAGGACUCUGCUGCGAGAUGAUCAAUUGGAUGCCGUCACCAAAGCAGCACAGCAGGAAGAGUUGGAGAGGAGAAAACGGCUAGAGCAACAAAGAAAGGAGUUCCCAGCUCCUUUCCCUGUGGUUCCUUUAGAUUUUGUACAAGAAGAAAUUGUUGGAGAAUUGCCAUUACCGAUCCCAAUCCACAAACAGCAGAUUGCACCCAGAUCCAAAAAUCAGGAAAUAAUUUGCCUGGACACCAGUAGUGGUAGUAGUGAAAGUGGAAGUGAGGAUGAUUCAAAGGGAAAAAUACACAUCACUAAAGAUGAUGUGAUUGAACUUAGUUCAGGAGAUGAUGAAGCCUUGCAAGAUGGCACUGAUGCCAUGAAUGAUGAGGAUAACGACCUUGGUGGAGAAAGCAGUGGGUCACAUGUCAACGAUGAUGUAAACCUACCUGAUGCCCUUGGUCGGGUUUUGGUCAACAUUAAUCACCCACCUAAUGAGGAGGACAUCUUUCUUGCACGUCAGUUAGCACAGGUUGUCAAGCCUCACCAGAUUGGUGGAAUACGUUUUCUUUAUGACAAUUUGGUGGAAUCUCUGGAACGAUUCAAAACCAGCAGUGGCUUUGGUUGUAUUUUGGCACACAGCAUGGGACUUGGCAAAACCCUCCAGGUGAUCUCUUUUGUUGAUGUUCUUCUUCGACACACUGAAGCCCGGACUGUCCUUGCCAUUGUGCCAGUGAACACAUUGCAGAACUGGCUAGCGGAAUUUAACAUGUGGCUUCCAGCACCAGAAAUGCUUCAACCUGACUGUAGCCCUGAAGAAAUCCAGCCACGCACUUUCAAAGUCUUCAUUCUUAAUGAUGAACACAAGACAACAGCAGCACGAGCUAAGGUAAUCGAUGACUGGGCAACAGAUGGUGGAGUUCUCCUUAUGGGAUAUGAGAUGUACCGCCUCCUUUCCCUUAAGAAAUCGUUUGUCUCAGGAAGAAAGAAGAAAAGCAAGAAACCAACAGGACCAGUGAUUAUUGACCUUGAUGAAGAAGACAGGCAGCAGGAACUUCUUAAAGGCAUAGAGAACGCAUUGUCUCGCCCAGGACCUGAUGUUGUAAUCUGUGACGAGGGACAUCGCAUUAAGAACUGUCAUGCAAGUGUUUCUCAAGCAUUGAAGGCUAUCAGAUCAAGACGGCGGGUAGUUUUGACAGGAUACCCUUUGCAAAACAACCUGAUUGAGUACUGGUGCAUGGUGGACUUUGUGCGGCCUGACUUUCUCGGGUCUAGGCAGGAGUUUAGUAAUAUGUUUGAGCGUCCAAUUCUGAAUGGGCAAUGUGUUGACAGUACACCACAGGACACAAGACUGAUGAGGUACCGCAGCCAUGUUUUGCAUAGUCUCCUGGAGGGAUUUGUGCAAAGACGAGGCCACAGUGUAUUAAAAGUUCAUCUUCCCUCAAAAGAGGAGUAUGUCAUAAUGGUACGUUUGUCACCUAUUCAGCGCUCUCUCUAUACUGAAUUCAUGAACCGCUUUCGAGAUGUAGGAAGCAGUGGUUGGCUUGGCCUCAAUCCUCUUAAAGCAUUUUGUGUUUGUUGCAAGAUCUGGAACCAUCCUGACAUGCUCAAUGAAGCUUUACAGAAGGAAAAUUUAGCAAAUGAGCAAGACUUGGACCUAGAUGAUCUAAACUCAGGGACUCCAAAUUCCCGCUGCCAGACACACACAAUCAAACCCAAGUCAGAAGGCACUGUUUCAGCAAUUGGUGAUGCUUCCAACAGCAAGUUUAUACAAGGGGUGGGCUUCAGUCCUUUCCAGGAAAAACCCAACCAGGUCAUCACUUAUGAAUGGGCAAAGGACAUUCUGUCUGACUACAAAACUGGAGUUUUGGAGAACUCUCCGAAGAUGGUUAUCCUGUUCUAUUUGAUCGAUGAAAGUGUUAAACUAGGAGAUAAACUUCUAAUCUUCAGUCAGAGUCUUUCUACCUUAACUAUUAUUGAAGAAUUCUUGUCAAAAAGACAGAUACCUAGUUCGCCGUUCAGUGAAGUGCAGCCAGGACAAGUGUGGAUUCGUAACGUCAAUUACUAUAGGCUGGAUGGUAGCACAUCUGCAUCGGAACGAGAACGCUUAAUUAAUAAUUUUAAUGACCCAAACAAUACAGCAACCUGGAUCUUUCUUCUCUCCACAAGAGCUGGUUGCCUGGGUGUGAAUCUCAUUGGUGCUAACCGUGUUGUGGUAUUUGAUGCCUCUUGGAACCCGUGCCAUGAUGCACAGGCUGUGUGCCGUGUUUAUCGCUAUGGACAGAGGAAACCAUGUUUCAUCUACCGUCUGGUAUCAGAUUAUACACUAGAGAAAAAAAUAUAUGACCGCCAGAUCUCUAAACAGGGAAUGUCAGACCGAGUGGUGGACGAUCUGAAUCCAGUUUUGAAUUUCACUCGCCGAGAGGUGGAAUCCCUCUUGCACUUUGUGGAACAGGAACCUGACCCUACUCAAAUCAAUAAAGAAACCAUGGAGUCUAAAGAGCUCUUAAUACAGCAAGUCUGCCUCAAGUUUACACACUUAAUCACUAAGGAACCUUUUGAACAUGAAUUUCUGCUGAUGGAUCGAAAGGAGCAAAAACUAACAAAAGCAGAGAAGAAGGCAGCUAAGAAGGGCUAUGAAGAUGAGAAGAGAGCCUCUGUUCCUUACAACAGGCCAUCCUAUGCGCAGUAUUACCCAUCCAGUAACUUGAAUCUUUCAAAUAUUCCAGCUUUCAGUCAGAGAAACUGGCGUCCAUCUUUGAAGUUUGAAGAUAAGCCCAUAGCAAGUGUGCGCCCUGUGCAGUCUACACCAAUUCCAAUGACUCCUCGGCAUGCUCCCCCAGUGGGAAUGGGACUGCCAUCUGGUUCUGGUGUUGGUAUGAAUUUUCCAAUGAAUUAUCUUCAGCGUGCUGGUGUGGUAGUACAGAAGAUUGUUACAACAACAGAAAUUGUGAUCCCGGGGUCUAACAGCUCCAGUUAUGUACAGGCACGGAUUGGUGCAGGAGAGAGCAUCCAUAUCAUUCGAGGGACCAAAGGGACCUAUAUACGCACUAAUGAUGGUAGGAUAUUUGCUAUUCGAACUGCAGGCAGAACUAAGGCAGGUGAGAACCGAGCUGCAUCCUCAGGGUCCCAAGGUUCAGCACUUCAGGUUAUGAAUAAUGGUAACCACCGAAUUUCUUUUCCUGACCCAUCGAGAAAGAAAGUGUCCCAGGAAGAACUAGCUCGUCCUCUUUCACCAGACAGUCCAGAGAUCAUCAGUGAACUUCAGCAGUAUGCAGAAGCAGCUGCAGCACGUCAGGCCCAGGAGAGCUGCCCUACUCUUUCCACAGUUCAGGGAACCCAGAGCCGACUGACUGGUAUUUCUGCUUCUUCGGUUCAGUUGACUGAACAGUUGGGUAUUCCUGGACUCAACUCACUACAAGGAACUUCAGGCUUGCCAGGUACCACCCAGACUGCUAGUGGGAACUGCUCAUUAGAUUUGCGUGGUGAUAAACGAAAGUCAUCCUCACCAACUUUAGGAGAUCUGAGCAGACAAAUGCACAGCAAAAGACUGCCAGUUUUGUCUCAGUAUGAUCACAGAUACUCCCUCAAUACUGGAUUUAAUUUGCCAUCUUUGAAUCACCCACUUACCAACCGUUUGCUUCCCCAGACUGGAAACUCUUUAUACACAGGUGCUGCCGGCUCAUCCUACUAUCCACUUUCUGGCUUGCUUGGAGAUCCACAACUAAUGUUUCCUGUGACUGCUGACCCCCUUCUUGCAGCUAGUACAAAUAACUCUGCUGCUACCUCAGCUGCUGCUUCUUUAUCACCAUUCAUGCUUAACCCUGCUAUGACAGGAAUGCUGCCAAACAUUCCCUUACCCUUUGCACAGUCUCUGUUGCCAGAAACAAGAAUGUUUGCCCCCUUUCCAUCACAACUGCUUGCAGGCAGUCUACCAGGAACUAUGGGAUCUUCAGGCUCUGGUUACAUGUCAUCCCAAGCAGGCUACUCCCCCUCAAGCUUGUUGAGAUCCCAUUUGCCUCAGCGUGAGCCUCAGGAAAUAGCAGACGUUGGCUGCAGCUCAGAUGAUGAUGUUAUAGAGGUCACUGGGAAGUAAAAAAAAAACUUGGGGAGAUUUGCUGGGCAUUUGAUGGUGAAACUUUGAAAAGUCCAACACCAUGUUAAAGUUUUGAUUUACUGUAAUUAUGUGCGUCUCCACAUCAGAAUCUGAAGACAUUCAGUCUGUUCUGUACUUCUGUGACCCUAUACAGCAGACUGAAUACUGCAAGAUUUGUAACAGUCUUGUUUAAAGGACAAUAUGUAACAUAAUUUGUAGAUAUGGAGACACUGCCAUUAUGUUGCUGUGUAUGGGAACACACAGCAUUUGGUCCUAAGAUUUAUUAUUGUGAUAGAACUAGGGUGCUUAUUCAACAUCUACAACACAGAUUAAUAAAGUAACCUUGUCGGCACUGGAAGAUUAGGAGUGGACUAAAAUGUAAAUGCAGCAGUGGGCAUCAUAAAGUGAACACUGAGCCAUCUGUGAAACUACAUUUUGUCACCUAGCCUCUGGCACUGGAAGAAAAUAAAAUGUCCAUUACUGUUAUAUAUAGUAUAGCACAUUAUUGCUAAUAGCUUUUGCCCAGAAAUUAAAAAUGUAUUUUGUAAUAA